CAUCAGUUAUCCACAACUAACGUUAGCUGGUUAGCUAGCCAAAGACAGUCUGGAUAAUAAUCAGACAAGUUUGACCUUGAUCUCUUUUCGCUGCUAAUCAGAGAGAAAGUAGAGACGUUAUCACGCUGUGGACACUGCCAAAUAGAAGGGUAUUAGAAGUAAAGCAUGGCUCCGAUUUUUGUUUGUGUGUAAAUGCUCUAUCUGCUCUGAGUAUGGUAACGAUUGGUUCUAGCUACCUUCUAGUGUUCGAUCAGAAAGUUGUCCAACCACAAAAUUGCAUUGCUUUUUGAAGGAAGCCUGCAUAUUGUUGCACACUUGUUGAAAAUUCAGAGGGUCUAAGAUGGACACUGUUAUCCGCCGAUGCCCCUUCCUGACUAUGGUGCCCCGGGCGUUCCUGCAGCUGGCAGGGAAGUCAUCCCUGGUUGGCUAUGCCCUGAAGUGCCCAGUGAUGAUGGACCUAGCCUCACGCCCUCUGGCCAGAGCCCUCUCCUCUUCAGUCUCAGUGUCCACACUAACAAACGAUGAGUCAGAGAAGGGGGUCCAGCUGCCCCCGGGCCACCCCAUGCCCCCUGUUGGCCAGCCUGUGGGCUCCAAAUGCCCCUUCCUGGCGGCUGAGAUGGUGCAGAAGAACACCAGUGUGGUGAGGGAAGCCUGCAUCGAGCUGUCAGAGGACGUACAGGACAGGAGCACAGUCCACACAGAGAAGUCCCAAGUGGAUCCCACUGUGGUGGACCUGAUCAACGCUGACAGGGCUGACCUAGGCACCCUGAAGAACAUGCUGAAACAGCGCCCCCCCAAGGUUUCUCACUUACUGCAAGACAACCUGCCCAAAGCAUCUGCCAACUUCCACUACGACAAGUUCUUUGAGAAGAAGAUCGAUGCCAGGAAGAAGGAUCACAGCUACCGGGUGUUUAAGACAGUGAACCGGCGCGCCACGUCCUUUCCCAUGGCAGACGACUACUCUGAGUCGCUCCUCAUCAAGAGAGACGUUUCCGUGUGGUGCAGCAACGACUACCUGGGCAUGAGCCGACACCCCCGCGUCAACCAAGCCAUCAUGGAUACAUUACAGAAGCACGGGGCAGGAGCUGGAGGAACACGGAACAUCUCAGGGACCAGUAAGUUCCAUGUGGACCUGGAGUACGAUCUGGCCGACCUGCAUGGCAAAGACGCUGCGCUGCUCUUCACUUCCUGCUUCGUGGCAAAUGACUCCACGCUAUUCACUCUGGCUAAGAUGCUUCCAGGUUGUGAGAUCUACUCCGAUGCAGGGAACCAUGCAUCGAUGAUCCAGGGUAUAAGGAACAGCGGGGCCAAGAAGUUCAUCUUCCGUCACAACGACGUCAACCAUUUACGAGAGCUGCUGCAGAAGUCUGACCCUGCCACCCCCAAGAUUGUGGCCUUUGAGACCGUGCACUCCAUGGAUGGAGGUUGUUUUCUAGGCGCUGUGUGUCCUCUGGAUGAGAUGUGUGACGUGUCCCAUGAGUUUGGGGCCAUUACGUUUGUGGACGAGGUACAUGCUGUUGGCUUGUAUGGGGCCAGGGGAGGCGGCAUCGGCGACAGGGACGGUGUCAUGCACAAAAUGGACAUAAUCUCAGGGACUCUCGGUAAGGCAUUUGGCUGUGUGGGCGGCUACAUCGCCGGUACCAACGCCCUGGUGGACACGGUGCGCUCCUACGCAGCAGGCUUCAUCUUCACUACCUCCCUGCCACCCAUGCUGCUGGCCGGGGCCCGGGAGUCCAUCCACACCCUGAAGGGGGAGGAGGGCCGUGUGCUGCGCAGGAAACACCAGAGGAAUGUCAAGCUGCUUCGCCAGAUGCUGAUGGACUCGGGCCUGCCCGUUGUCUACUGCCCCAGCCACAUCAUCCCUGUCCGUGUGGCGGACGCAGCCAAGAACACAGAGGUGUGUGACAUCAUGAUGUCUCGCUACUACAUCUAUGUGCAGGCCAUCAACUACCCCACUGUGGCUCGGGGAGAGGAGGUCCUCCGCAUCGCCCCCACCCCACACCACACUCCCCAGAUGAUGCAGUACUUUGUCGAACGUCUGGUGAAGGCCUGGAAGGAGGUGGGUCUGGAGCUAAAACCUCACUCGUCAGGGGAGUGUAACUUCUGCCAGCAGCCUCUCCACUUUGAGCUGAUGACCGAGAGAGAGAGGUCUUUCUUCACCGGGAUGAGUCAUGUGAUAUCAGCCAGAGCCUAAAAGUUAAUUAUAUACCCCUUCCCCAUAUCAAAUCUCUAUUUAAGAUAUUUAUUCUCUUAUCAAUGUACAACUCCAUCACCAUGUAUGAAAUAUUCUUAAUUACAAAUAAAUGUUUGGGGAAAGUUA